GAGAGAGAGAGAGAGAGAGAGAGAGAGAGAGAGAGAGAGAGAGAGAGAGAGAGAGAGAGAGAGAGAGAGAGAGAGAGAAUAGAGGAGGAAGUUUUUUGAGAGAGAAUUAUUGGUGAAUUCCCCAAUGCUGUCUUCCUGCGAGAGUAGCAACGUUUUGUGAGCGCACAAUUCGUUUUAAGCAAGACGGACGUCUCCCUCGGUCAUUCUGCUUCUUCAGGGCGUCGGGAUAGAGCUAGUUGAGUGCUUUCCGAUUAUUGGUGAUAUCAUUAUAAGGAACUGUGAAUAUACUUAGUGACAAAAGAGUGAACCGUCGUAUCCCUAUUUUGCCUCUCUCAAUCGCACCUGUUCCGUCGCUCCUUGCACCCUCUCCUUCCUAGUUCUCUUCGCUUUUCCAAUCUUUCUCCUUCCUUGCAUCCAUUUUAGCUAUUCGUACAUCAUCCCCCUGCCUCUCUCCCUGCAAUACGCAUGACAAACAUGUCUCCCAAGCAUUGCCCUGGACCUGAAUGUCGCCGCGUGACCUCGAAGGGAAAGCGAAGGCCAAGACGCUGUACAGAACCUGCUCCCAGCCUGCCAACCACUCCCCAGCCGGGCGCAUCCGACCUGGAAUCUGCUGCCCUGGUAUCUUUUCACAGCGAGGAAUCAGCAGCCCAGUCUCCUCCUCCUUCCAGGCGAGACCCAGCCACGAAAAAGUUAUAUGAGAUCACAGAACCCUUUUCAGACCCAGUGAAGGAAAAAAGGAGAAUUAACGCGAUCACAGCCAAAGAAAUCAGAGACAGGAAAAAAUGGAAAACUGAUCGAAUGUGUGAACAGAUUCAAUGUCUCAACCUCGUGAACAGAAAGUGUACGCUGGCAUUAAAACGACUCGAAUCGGAAAUACAGAAACUCGAUGGCAAGCUGAAGGCUUCAAAACGACGCAACGAGCACCUUCAGGAGAAGAUCACGCAGAAGGAGAAGCAGCUCCAAGACCAUCGCGAGAAAUUCCUGCUGUUCCGCGGCUACCUCGAACUCAUCGCCAGCACCCUCGACGACAACAACCCGGCCAAGAAGCUAAUCGCAAAUCUUUUGAAAUCGCAGUUGGUAAGCACCGAGUGUCAGACAACUCAAUGAGACAGCCGUAAAAAGCUGACACAGGCCGGGCCAUAUUUAGAAGGCUCGGGCGAAGCUAGAACUUCGCAAACCAUAAAGAAGAAGCAGUUGGUGCUAGUCGACGCAUCUGAGAUACCAGUCUAAGUUCAAUAGUGCACGUAAGAUCUGUAACAGUGAGAUAAAUAAAUGGAAAUACUGUUUUUCACAAAAUGGA